AUGAGCGACCUGAGGCGAGCAUGGGCAAAGUCAAAGCUUGGACUUGUACCGGAACCCUUUAUGGAACGGGAGGAGGAGGAGGAGCUGAAGCAGGAAGACCAGGCUGGGGACCAGGUACCAGAGCUACCAGAACAUAUGGAUGAUGAUUCCUCUUCGGCUUCGUCAAUGUCAUCGACUGGCACCAUUAUUCCCACACCGAGUCAACGACUUUUCGCUCGUCCUCAGGGUGUUGCUACAGGAAGGACUCUUGAACCAAUACCCUGGACGACAUACUUUGAGCGGCAGCUUUAUAUGCAACCUGGUGAUGCUCAAGGGGUAACUUUUCACGCCUAUCUAACAUCUCCGGUAGAUAAUGGCCCCCUAUUUGUCAUGCACCAUGGAGCCGGCUCAUCAGCUCUUUCGUUUGGUGUUGUGAGCUCCGAGAUUCGGAAGCGGCUUCCUUCAGCCGGUAUACUUGCCAUUGACUGCCGAGGUCAUGGAUCUACGAUAUCGCCGGAUGGCACAGAGUUAGACCUCCGUCUUGCCACAUUAUCCGCAGACCUGUUUUUUAUGAUUCACUCCACAAAGGAACAAAUGGGAUGGCAACAGAUGCCUUCGAUUAUGCUGGUUGGCCACUCUCUGGGAGGCGCGGUUGUGACAGACCUGGCCUUUACAGGCAAGUUGGGCACAUCCCUACUCGGAUAUGCGGUUCUUGAUGUUGUAGAAGGCUCAGCCAUGGAUGCCUUGCAGAGCAUGCAGACUUAUCUCUCUACUAGACCGAGUGGGUUUGCAAGCAUCGAGACGGCAAUUGAGUGGCACAUACGGUCACGCACGAUACGAAGCUCUGUGUCGGCCAGAACGUCAGUUCCUGCGCUUUUAAGACAAGAAGAAUCGGCGGCAGCCUCUAGGCCAUGGAGAUGGAGAACUAACCUGGCGGCUACCCAGCCUUUCUGGGAAGACUGGUUCGUGGGAUUGAGCAAGAAGUUCCUGGGCGCGAGGGGGGGGAAACUCUUAUUGUUAGCGGGGACCGACCGCUUGGAUACAGAAUUGACGAUUGGCCAAAUGCAAGGUAAACUCGGAAGGAAUUUCCUGCCUCUGCUUUCCGCACAGCCGCAAGUCAAUACAUGCUAA